AUCGCUUCUCGAACAACAGCAUUGCCCCAAUUUUUGGCCAUCUGCUCGUUGCACUCCCUGAGAUGAAGGCUUCAUGACAACAUACUUAUGAUCUCAACACACACACGACCUCAUGACUUCUUUACAAAGCAAAGUAGACGCCGUCAAGGCGGCGGCAGCAUCGACCGCGACAUGCGUACCAACAACAUCGGUGCUCCUCAAAGAACUUCUCACGACGGAGGCAGAGGCCCCCUCGGCUGCGCAAAAGACGGCAGCACGAAUCACCAAGGCAACAUCGGCGACGCGAGGCAAAGCGGUCGGGACCACUCGAGCAGGCGCGACAGCAAGUAAAAAGGAGGAGCUGACGCCCAAGGAAAAGGCGGCUCUGGCGGCGCACAUCAUCAAUGUCGCCCUCAAGUCGCUUACGGAGGCGUCAAAGCCUGCGCCUGUUGCGCAACCCACCACGCCCUGCCGUCGACAGAACUCAGGCGACGACCUACGGAAACCUCCCAGCAAGCGGACCCUCAGACGAUCCAAUUCGAUGCCGAUGACCCCGAUGCAGCCGCGUUCGCUGAACCGAACCUCGACGUCCCCCAUCACAACACCGAAGCCUGCAAAGACGACAACAACUGCAACGGCGCCGUCCAUCACCUGUCUCGCCACGGUGGAGUGUUUGCGGACUGCAUUCGCGUGCCUGAGAUCGCUGCAGACCUCUGGCGCGGUGAUGCUCCCCGAACUGCAACUAGAGAGCGGGAUGUCGUCUUUCGUCGGCAAGCUUGUUGGACUGGGGCUCCAAGAGCACGCCUUGAGAGAGCUCACUGUUCUAAAGCGGAGACUCGACUCGAUGGGUACCGCGACAAAGGCCAAAACAAAAGCCAAACCGGCCGCGGCGGAUGUCAAGGUCAAGGGGCUUGCGGAACUUUUGGACUUUGGCGACGCUAAGUUCUCCGGGCCGACUCUUGGACUUGUCAUCACGACCCAAACUCACAUCUUGCGUCUCAUGUCUGCGACCAAAAAAGCAGCAGUCAUUGAAGCGGCAUUACCCUAUCUUGUUUCUUCUUGUCCGACAUCACCGACAAAUCUUCUUCUGGAAUCCGCCAAAGAGUCAACGCAAGCCAAGACAAAGGUUGCGCGACAACUCGAUCUUCUCUCACAACUACUGCUGUCACUCGCUCCUAAUCUGUCGCGUAAGGAUGACGAGCUGGCCAUGGACUCCCGCCUGAGCUGCUCCCCCUCUACAGCCCUCGAAUUGCAAACGCUGGGCCUGGAGGCGCGCUUGCUCUGGUGGCCCAUGUCCGGUCAUGUGGCAGACAUCGACAAAGAAAUCAUCUCGCCACUCUCUAGAUGCAUCACAUCGUUCAUUCGCAGAGCCAAGCACGACCACACUGCGGUGUAUCGCGAAUGUUCGGCCGUUGUUGAACGCAUUAUUGCUAUGGCCAAAUCUCAGUGGUUGGAGGCAACCUUGUCAUCGAAAUCACCGCUCACUGUCAUCUACCAGGCUUUGGGAACGGCAGCUCAGGCAGCCCGAUUAUACAAGGAAUCGGCUGAGUGGAUCUCCAAGGUCAGGGGGACCCUCGACCCUGCGAGCGACUCGGCAGCGAAGCGUUGUGCAGCGACCGCGCAGCUCGUAGCUGUCUACGCUAAACAAUCGCCGAUACCCCAGGAGCAACUUUCGGCACUUUUGAAGGAAGUGGUCGAUGCACUUCAGGGGUCGCUCAAGGGCGACCUGGCGGAACUGGAGGAACUCAUGCUCCAUCUGUCUGCUGCCCGUAAGUCCGUGGUUGGCAUCUUGGCCAGCAAGACCGUGGACGAGUCGGCAGAUAUUCACGAGCUAUUGAACAAUCUCGUCCUUCAAUUCCCUCGGUUUGCUCUACGAUGGUUGGGGAAAACGCCGACAAGAGACGCUUCUCCCAAAGAACAUGUGCGCUUCGAGUCGCGGAGACAGAUCUUGCUCACAUCCGUUGUCCAGGUCCUGGAGUCGGCCAUGAUGGUUGCCAAAUCACAAAUCAACAGCGAUAAGAUGGUCUGGGGCGCUCUCGACGCCCUUCUCCAAGAGUGCCUCAUGUUGCUCGAAUCCAUGGGCGACAUCCACCCCGCCGGCUCUAAACCAGACGCCGCGAGCUCCCACCAUGUCAAAAUAUCGCACCUCUAUUUCAUGUUCUUCCACUGGUAUCGUCGCAACGUCGAAAGCACACCCGGAGACAAGACGCCUCUCCGAGCUCUGAGACGGUCUGUUGAUUGCGUAAAGGACAGAUCCCCCGAGGAGAAGGAAAAAGCGCAGACAACAGCGAAGCUUGAAUACUUCGCCGACCUUUGCGAACGAGCUGGUAGAAUCAACGACGCUCGAGACGCGCUCAAGCUCAUCUGCACCAACAUGGUAGAGGACGGCGUCUUGUCUGCGGUGGCAACCUCGCUGUCCGGGAAGUCACCUGCAGUGGCAUGGAGCGGAAGUGACAAGGCGGAGACACUAUCGAGGACCCUGGGAGCUAUGGUCAAGCUCGACCAAUCCUGGAACGACUGGACAUUUUUCCUCGCGGAUGUCGAGCGAGCAGCUGUCUUGGAACGCAUCAUACAGCUCAUCCUGUCUGAUUCAUCCAGCGAUUCGAAACCCGGCGACAUCAAAGAAACGGUGGAGGAGGCUCUCUUAAGAAUCUACUCGCCCGACCGUUUUCCAAUUCGGCGUCUGCGAACUCUGUCUCAACUGCUGACCAUGGCCAUUGGCAACCAAGAGGAAUUCCGAAGCCUCCGCGAACAGACCGAAACAGCUCUGCAACUAUGCCGUGACGAGGCUUUUGGGGAGGACGUCGGUCUGGCCUCUUACGUUGCUGACCUGGAGGCCGGUUUGUCGUCUACCCUGGCCCUGGUCGCUUCAGAGAACGAGUGUCGGGCGACCGACUUUGAAAAGUCAAUCAGCGUUUGGCGCGCUCUUGUCAACGAGUCCCAAACCAAGGAUGACCUCCUGUCCAAGAUCAGCGAUGCAGAGGGUCUUCUCAGGCAACUCAAUGCGGUCGCCGAGUAUGCGAAGCUUCGGGGCGAGGAUGAGUUCAUGCUCCUGGUCUUGACAUUGUCCGCCGAUAUCUCCUCCAAGCUAUCGGACUCAUCGACAGACUUGCUCGUUCAAGCGCACAGCAACCUUGCUGACCAAUACACUCAUCUGGGCUACUCGGAGAAAGCCGAGGAGAUACUGAAUAAGGCGAAGCAGUUUGUUGAGUCCACGAGCAGCAAUCCCGAUCUUUCUGCAGUCAAUCUGCAAAUCUCCCUCACAGAGUACCAGCUAGCCAACCAGAACUCUGAUGCCGCUCACAAAAUGUUGUUACAAGGCGAGGCCACUUUCGAGAAGGCUUCUUCUGCUAUCCGAAAAGCUCCAAGGCUCCAGAGAAAGCUCCUUCUAGCAAGGGCUGCAUGCCUGUCUUCCCGCAUCAAGUGGGACAAGGGCGAAUAUCAACACGCACUCUUUCACGCAAAGACCAGCGUCCGCAUCUUGUUCCAGGACUGGACCAAGCUCGAAGCGCGCUGGCAGAAGGCACUAAAGACCGAGUCGAAGCAGUCCUCCAGGCAAGGGUCGCCCAAUGCUGAGGAAAGCAUCGUCAAUGUGGAGCCUGCUACGAGCCUGGUCGAGUUGUCUGACGGCCCUGACAACUGGGCGCUUGCCUGCGGUCUCCUGCGGGCGGUUUUGCAUCUGUCCUCGGUGUAUGCUCAUCUGGGAAUGUUCCAGGAGACGGUGUACUACGCAGAAAAGGCACAUCAGAUCGCCAAAUCGACAAAUGCUUCGAUCCACAGGGCCCAGGCCGCUACUUGGAUUGGUUCGGUGUGGAUGAAGGCAUGCAAACUCGACAAAAGCGUCGGCUACCUGAACGAGGCUAGAGAGCUUAUGGCAACAGCGGUCAAGCCCACACGACAAGCUUUCCAGCUGGCUUGCGAGCUCAGCGUUUCGUUCGGAGAGAUGAAGGAUCACGAGAACGAGAAUCUGCUCAUUGAGCUUGCCGAGGCCACGCUUGGCACCCUGAACAACAGCAACCGCGGCGCCAUCACUGGUGUCAGUGAUGAGCAGGUUGUCACCAAGAUGGCAAAGCUCACGCUCAAGGCCCCCGAAACCCGGAGAACCAGAGCGACAAAGGCGGCGAUCCCAACAAGAACAAGGAUGACGAGAAAGGCGGCAGCUCCGAAGCCCAAAGCUGCUGCUCCAUCCAAAGCCGUUGUUGUCGCUUCGAACGACAAGACUUCCGACCUGACGGCCUCCAUGUUGAUGUAUAAGGCACUUGUCCACCUUAGCAAGGGAGACUGGACUACCGCAGCAUCACUUCUCGAGGAGGCGAAGCAAAUGUCCAGCAGCCUGCGGGAGUCUUUGCGAGUGCAGAUUGGCGAGGCGAUCUGCCUCAUCGAACAAGGCACCAAGCAGAUGGAGGGCGACUCGGUCUUCUCCGUAGUGAAGGAAUCAACGAUUUCCUACCCAUCGAUCCACGCCGCGCCCGACAAAAAUAACACGGAAAAGGCUGCGCCCGCGGGCCACUCUCCCCGGAAGACCCAGAGCCGCACUGUCUCGGCGGAGCGAAAGGUGUCAAAAGAUAAUGCCACUUUUGUUGAAACGUUGGAGCAGGCGCAAGCUCAGCUGAUGGAAGCCCAGGCUGCCGCUGCUAUUUCAGGAAACGGACACCUGGUUCAUCGCAUCUCGGCGUUGCUCCAGAGCACGGGCAUAUUUCUAUCGGCAGCUUCCCAACGCAUGCCUAAAGGCAUGGGAAGCUUUGGAUACGCCACCUGCUCCGUCGAGCUAGCACGAAACCUGACGUGGAAGCGAGAGCGAAACACCGUGGUGACGGAACAGCUGAAUCCCAGCUUUAGCGAGAUGGGAUGGCCGUUGGCUCUGCCGGUCAAGGACGACAGACGAGCGAGCAUCGUCACCCUCGACGACAUGACGAGAUUCCAGCGUGACUACAUCGACAUUAUCCCCGAGGCAUGGAGCGUCUUGUCGAUCUCGCUAAGCGACAACCGCAAGGAUCUAUGCAUCACCAAGCUGCGAGCAGGCCAGACCCCCUUCGUUCUGCGGUUGCCACUCGAGCGUGUGGCCUCCCGAGACGGCGAGGACGAGCUGUUCGACUUCCAGCACGGAUAUGGCGAGCUCAUGGACAUCGUCAAGGCAACCAACGCAAGCUGUCAUAAUUCCGGCGAUUACACGGGCAAGGGAGCCAAGUCGGCCUGGUGGGCGCAACGCGAGAAUCUGGACAACAGGUUCAAGGAUCUCCUCGACAACGUUGAGCAAGUCUGGCUCGGCGGAUUUAAAGGCAUUUUCUCCCAACAUCGCCCUCGGGUCGACCUCCUCACCAAGUUCCAAAACGUGUUCUCCAAGAUCCUCGACAAGCACCUUCCCUCGCGCAGACAAGUUCGAGGAAAGAAGACCGUCAAGGUCCCCAAGGUGACUCUGGAGACGCGUAUCCUCGACCUCUUCGUCGGCCUUGGAGACCCCUCGGCGUCGGACAGCGAUUUGGAUGAGCCACUGAACGACCUUUUGUACUUUGUCGUGGACAUACUGCAAUUCCACGGCGAGAGGAACGCCUACGACGAGAUCGACUUCGACUCGAUGGUGUUGGACACCUUGGAUGCCCUUCAGGCAUACCAUGCCGCAGCCAAGACCUCGGACCCCGAAGAAGGCGCUCAUAGCAUCCUGAUUCUCGACAAGGCUCUGCAUGCCUUUCCCUGGGAGUCGCUUCCCUGCAUGGAGGGGUUGGCCUACUCUCGUGUUCCCUCGAUUUCCUGCCUACGUAGACUGCUCCUCGAUCAACGGGCCGCCCGAGGCCAGGGCGAAAAGGCCAAAGAUCACCGCCAAACGGUGUCUCCCCUCGGCGGCACAUAUAUCCUCAAUCCUGGCGCGGACCUUAAGAACACUCUAUCCACCUUUGAAAAGCCUCUCAAGACCCUCGGCGAGUCCUGGACGGGCAUCGCGUCGCGCAACCCGACGGAGGAAGAGUUCGAGGGUGCCCUCAAGACCUCGGACAUUCUUCUCUACUUUGGCCACGGUAGCGGAGCGCAGUACAUCCGCGGAAAGACCAUCAGGCGGCUCGAGAAGUGCAAAGCGGCGGCGCUGCUCAUGGGGUGCAGCUCUGCGUCGCUGCAGAACGUCGGCGAGUAUGAGUGCCACGGUCCCGUGUGGAACUACAUGCUGGCGGGGUGUCCCGCCGUCGUGGGUACCCUGUGGGACGUGACGGACAAGGACAUUGACCGUUACGCGGGCCGGCUGCUCGAGGAGUGGGGUCUCAUGGAGAGGGGCACCUUUGCGGACGACGGCGGGAAGCAGGGCAAGACAGGCAAGACCAAGGAGAAGGGUCUGUUUACGGACAAGAAGGGGAAAGUCGGAAAGAAGACGACGACGACGACAACCCCCGCGGAGGGUUCGAGAGGAAGCGCGUCGCUCGUGGAAGCCGUUGCCAGGGCUAGGGGCGCCUGUCGAUUCAGGUAUAUCACGGCUGGCGCGGUAUGUGUGUACGGCAUCCCUGUGUAUGUUGACCAGACCAAGGUCGAUGGCGCAUGAA